CAGCUGAAGUAACAAUGAAGACUAUUGCUUGCCUUGCUGCUCUUGCCCUUGUGUUGGCACUUUCUGUCAACGUAAGUGGCCAUGCUAUCGAUAUUGAUAGGGUGAGAUCAUCUCACGGAGAUGUCUUCGAAAUUGACAUUAAAAUUAAAUCUGAAGCAUUAGAAGAACCAGAACAGCCAGAAGAUCCCAGAGCUCCAGAAGAUCCAGAAGAUCCUAGAGCCCCAGAAGAUCCAGAAGAGCCCAGGGCUCCUGAAGACCCAGAAGAUCCUAGAGCCCCUGAAGACCCAGAAGACCCCAGGGCUCCUGAAGAUCCUGAAGACCCCAGAGCUCCAGAAGACCCUGAAGAUCCUAGAGCUCCAGAAGAUCCAGAAGAUCCAAGGGCUCCUGAAGACCCAGAAGAUCCAAGAGCCCCUGAAGACCCAGAAGACCCCAGGGCUCCUGAAGAUCCAGAAGACCCCAGAGCACCCGAAGAUCCUGAAGACCCCAGAGCUCCCGAGGACCCAGAAGAUCCAAGGGCUCCUGAAGAUCCAGAAGAUCCAAGGGCGCCUGAAGAUCCUGAAGAACCACGACCAGCAGCCGACGAACCAGAGGAUCCUAGGGCUCCUGAAGAUCCAGAAGACCCAAGAGCCCCUGAAGAUCCCGAAGAUCCCAGGGCUCCUGAAGAUCCCGAAGACCCCAGAGCUCCUGAAGAUCCCGAAGACCCCAGGGCUCCUGAAGAUCCUGAAGAUCCCAGAGCUCCAGAAGAUCCCGAAGACCCCAGAGCACCUGAAGAUCCUGAAGAUCCCAGAGCUCCUGAAGACCCAGAAGACCCAAGGGCUCCCGAAGAUCCAGAAGACCCCAGAGCUCCUGAAGACCCAGAAGAUCCCAGGGCUCCUGAAGAUCCAGAAGAUCCCAGAGCUCCAGAAGACCCAGAAGACCCAGAAGACCCAAGACCAGCAGCUGACGAACCAGAAGAUCCUAGGGCUCCAGAAGACCCAGAAGAUCCUAGGGCUCCAGAAGAUCCAGAAGACCCCAGAGCUCCUGAAGACCCAGAAGAUCCCAGGGCUCCUGAAGAUCCAGAAGACCCCAGAGCUCCUGAAGAUCCAGAAGAUCCCAGGGCUCCUGAAGAUCCAGAAGACCCCAGAGCUCCUGAAGAUCCAGAAGACCCCAGAGCUCCCGAAGACCCAGAAGACCCCAGAGCUCCUGAAGAUCCAGAAGACCCCAGAGCACCCGAAGACCCAGAAGAUCCCAGGGCUCCCGAAGAUCCUGAAGACCCCAGGGCUCCUGAAGAUCCAGAAGACCCCAGGGCUCCCGAAGAUCCAGAAGAUCCCAGAGCUCCAGAAGACCCACGACCAGCAGCUGACGAACCAGAAGAUCCUAGGGCUCCUGAAGAUCCAGAAGACCCCAGAGCACCUGAAGACCCAGAAGACCCCAGGGCUCCAGAAGAUCCUGAAGACCCCAGGGCUCCUGAAGAUCCUGAAGACCCAAGGGCUCCUGAAGAUCCCGAAGAUCCCAGAGCUCCUGAAGAUCCUGAAGACCCCAGAGUUCCAGAAGACCCUGAAGAUCCCAGGGCUCCUGAAGAUCCUGAAGACCCCAGGGCUCCUGAAGAUCCUGAAGACCCCAGAGCUCCAGAAGACCCUGAAGAUCCCAGGGCUCCUGAAGAUCCUGAAGAUCCCAGAGCUCCCGAAGAUCCAGAACAUCCAGAACGAUUCAGACAUUAAUUAAUUCAACUUCUAUUAAAAUUUGUUAGUCAAUACAUAAUUAGAUUCAGAUAGAUAUAACAGAUUCUAAUAAUAUGUAACAUCCGAUAAUACUGUAAAAGUAAAAAAAUAAAUACAUAUCAAAUAA